AAAAACCUUUCUCCAGCCACAAAAACCAUCACCUGUGCAACGUAACUGACCAUGGCAGAUUCAACAUCCGCAACUACUUCCACCAUUUCUUCUCCUGAAGCCGUUCUCAAAGCCAAAGACAAUGAGGCACUGGCAGCAAUGCGCGGAAGAGACUGCCUCAAGGCAUUUUCGGGACAACGAGCAGCCAUUUCCUUUACUGGUGGCAAGGACUGUCAUUUGGCGUUGCAACGGUGCGUCGAUGCCGGCAUUGAGAUAGUCUGUGGUUGCAGCUUUGUCUCUCCCGGUCAUUCCUUUCAAGCUCACCGCAUGGAAUGGCAGCAAACGCAAGGCAAGACCAUGGGGAUACCCAUUAUUCAGUGUCCACUCACAGAGUUGGAGUCAAAUAAUAAUGACUACAAGGCUGCCUAUGCCGCCGCCAUUCGAAAACUACAAGAGGACUGCAAGAUCCAGCUCAUUAUUACAGGAGAUAUUGACUAUGUCGGAACAUCCACCACCAAUUUUAUGCAACAAGUUUGUAUCGAAAAAGACACACGGGGUGUGCAAGUCCUACUGCCACUCUGGCAACAAUCUCGACAAGACCUGCUCGAGGAGAUGUUGCAUACAUGCCAGUUGGAUAUACGCCUUUGCUGUGUCAAAUCACCUCAUUUUGACGCAACUUGGAUUGGUCGGCAAUUGGAUGACAAGGCCGUGAACGAACUCAAGGCCAAAACGGAACAUGGCUUGGAUUUAUCGGGCGAAAAUGGAGAGUAUCAUACCAUGGUGGUUGGCGGACCCAUGUACAAGAACACGCCAUUAGAGUUUGUCAAUGUAAAAGCCAAGGAGCUGCUGCAGCAACGAGGGCAAAAGGAAGGCGAACAAUGGUGGGUUAUGAGUGAAACAUCAAAAUUGCAGCCCCGAGAACGAUGAUAAAUAAAGCACUGGCUUGCUAAUUACUUGCAGACAGCUGAACCGUCUCGUAAAGCAAAACGUAUAGCAGCUACCAAUUCCUGUGGGAGCAACUAGUAGCGUGGGUACAAUUAUAGAAAUAGUGAACUAAAAGACUGCAGUACUCGCGAUUGAUCAAGCUGUUUGGGCCGACAACAGUCGACCUGGUAAUCCCGACCACUGUCC